UUAAGAUGGAUUUUGAAAAUUAGGGACAGUAAACUUUCUUUUUUUUUCCUCCGCCGGCGCAAUAUUUGGAAGCGAGACGAUACCAAAGAAAAUUACUCAGGUUCAGGAUAAAUUGGGUCGGGCCGGCAAUAAUUGCAUCUAUAUUCAGCAAUCUCGAAAAUAAAGACCCAUUAGAUGGCUCCCUCUCGAUGACCAAAAUGGACGAGAACGGGAACGGCCGCCAUGGCAUUCCGGGCUGGUCCUGGUGGGGCUUGGCCAGUUGUACGCAAUUCGUGUGGGGUAUGUCAUCAUAUCGGAAAGGCUACGCCGGCGACUCUCGUCUAAUGCCUUUCAAAGCCUUCGCGGUCGCCUCUCUCUUUGUCAGCUCCGCUGCUUCUGCCUCCGUUGCUGCCCUUCAAGCCUCCGGCAUCCACAAGGUGGAGGACCUUCUGGAAAUGGGAACUAAAGUGAGGACCGGACUUGGUAUUCCUCCAACGGCAAGAGAGGAAAGAGUAGAUGAUCUUUGAGGAAAGUCUCAAAGUUACAGACGGUACUGGGCUUUAAGAAGCAGAUGGUCUUUACCAUUUUUAAUAAGCGAAGAAGACAGCUUUUUACUUCACUUGGAGAAAGCAGAUGGUUCUUUAUCUUUGGAAUAUGUGACCAAGUGAAGAAGCAUCAAGAAUGUAGAGUUAUGAGUGGUAGGUCUUUAAUUUAGUUGAAUGGCCGUGGAUUUUGUAUUGUACUCUGCAGUCCGUAUAAUGUUAAAAAUUCUUCUUGUUUUUCCUUGAUUUAGACUUGAGACCUGCUUUCUUAAUAUGUAAAGAUUCAAAAUUUAUUCUUUA